UUCGGAAACAUUGCUCUGCUAGUCUUCCCGUUUAAACGCAUUCAUUUUUGGGUCUCUCUCUCUCUCUCUCUCCCUCUCUCUCUCUCUCUCUUCCUUUCUCUCUCUCCCUCUCCCCCCUUUCUUGCAUAUUCUAUUAGGUUUUUUUUCUUCAGCUCCCUCUUCUCCUUCCUUUUCUUCUUUUUCUCUACCCUUCCUCCUAGUGUCUUUCGCUUCAUUCCUGCAGGAGAAGAGAGAGGUGAAACUAAAAAAAAAAAAAAAAAAAAAAAAAAAAAGGAAAAGGAAAAAAGAAGCAGCAGCAGCCCAGAGAGAGAGAGAGGACGCUUUCAUAUCUUAAUAUCAUCAUUUUUCCAUUAUUGUCUAUUUUUUUUAUUUUGGAGGAGGCUUUUCGUCCUGGCUGAUGAGUUUUUAUCUGAAAUACUUUUUUUGAGCAAAAAAGAGAGAACAUUUUCCCGGUGAUCUCCAGUGAUUUUUGUAACCAGCAUCGUGUAUUAUAACCGAAGAAGAAGGAAGGAGCAAGAAAGAGGGAAAGAAGAGGAUUUAUUUAUUCGACCUACUUUGGAUCUCUCGUUUUCUGCGUGUGCCAUUAUUAUUCAUAUUCUAUAUUUUUACACUUCGCCGUGAAUUCGUCUCCUCUGCGAAUUAGUCACAUCCAAUUGCUUUUGUAUUUCUUUGGUAAAGAGAAAGAGAGAGAGAGAGAGAGAGAGAGAGAGAGAGAGAGAGAGAGAGAGAGAGAGAAACAACAACCAACAGCAACAACAACAUCAAACUGUCUAAUCUUCAAUCCCUCCUCGAUCGCGUUUCCCAAGACUGGUUUCCUGAAUGGCUGACUGCGUUUUGCCCUGGACCUGGCCCCCGGACACUUUUAUCCCCUGAUCAUCGGCAGCCUUUUUCUCUCUCUCUCCACCAUCCUCGCCCAGGCCUGCGCCCCCAAAAGAGCCCAGAGCGCCGGCGGCGGCAACUGGGGACAAGCAGCGGCACAGCACCGGCCGGGCCCCGGCAGCGAGCAGCAGCGGCGGCGGCAGCACCGACCUCCUCCUCCUCCUUCUCCUCCUCCAGCUUCCUCUAUGUCUGCACAUCCUUUGCACUCCUAGCGCUCGGACUGUGUGGCGGGUGCGCGCGGUGUGUGUGUGUCCGCCGAUCGCCUCCCCUGUGCGACUCUCCUGCAUGCCUCUCCCCGCAGCCCGGCCGGCCGCUUCUCAUUUUGCAACUUGAGGGGAAAAACAUAUUUAAAAAAAAAGAGGGGGGACCAAAAAAAUCCUUCAUCCCUCCCUUCCCCCCACAGAGAGAGAGAGAGCGAGGGAGAGAGAGGAGGGGGUUGCAAAAAUAAAGAGAAAGAAAACGGCAGAAACAGCUACAAGAAGCAGCAGCAGCAGCACAAGGGCAGCAGCAGCAGCAGUUGAAGCAGAGGCAGGCAAGAUUCCUUCUCUCUCCUCUCUCCCCCAAAUCCGAGCCACCCACUUCCCCCCGCCCCCCUCCUCUCCCCGGCAGCCCUCCGCGAGAAGCUCCGCUCCCCAGCACUUUUUGGGCCCGAGAUAUGGCAAUGGUAGUUAGCAGCUGGCGAGAUCCGCAGGAAGACGUGGCCGGGGGCAACCCGAGCGGCCCCAACCCAGCAGCUCAGCCGGCCCGGGAUCAGCAACAGCAAGCGGCCUCGGCGGCCCCGCACACCCCGCAGACCCCUAGCCAGCCGGGACCCCCUUCCACCCCGGGCACGGCCGGGGACAAGGGCCAGAGCCAGCAGGGCUCGGGCCAGAGCCAGCAGCACAUCGAGUGCGUGGUUUGCGGGGACAAAUCCAGCGGCAAACACUACGGCCAAUUCACCUGCGAGGGCUGCAAAAGUUUCUUCAAGAGGAGCGUCCGCAGGAACUUAACUUACACAUGUCGUGCCAACAGGAACUGUCCCAUCGACCAGCACCACCGCAACCAGUGCCAGUACUGCCGCCUCAAGAAGUGCCUCAAAGUGGGCAUGAGGCGGGAAGCGGUUCAGCGAGGAAGAAUGCCUCCAACCCAGCCGAACCCAGGCCAGUACGCGCUGACCAACGGGGACCCUCUGAACGGCCACUGCUAUCUGUCGGGAUACAUCUCGCUGCUGCUGCGGGCCGAGCCCUACCCCACCUCGCGCUACGGCAGCCAGUGCAUGCAGCCCAACAACAUCAUGGGCAUCGAGAACAUCUGCGAGCUGGCCGCCCGCCUACUCUUCAGCGCCGUCGAGUGGGCCCGCAACAUCCCCUUCUUCCCCGACCUGCAGAUCACCGACCAGGUGGCCCUGCUGCGGCUCACUUGGAGCGAGCUGUUUGUGCUCAACGCGGCGCAGUGCUCCAUGCCCCUGCAUGUGGCCCCUCUGCUGGCCGCCGCCGGCCUGCACGCCUCGCCCAUGUCCGCCGACCGGGUGGUGGCCUUCAUGGACCACAUCCGCAUCUUCCAGGAGCAGGUGGAGAAGCUCAAGGCCCUGCACGUCGACUCGGCGGAGUACAGCUGCCUCAAAGCCAUCGUCCUCUUUACAUCAGAUGCCUGUGGCCUGUCAGAUGCUGCCCAUAUCGAGAGCCUGCAAGAGAAAUCUCAAUGCGCCCUGGAGGAAUAUGUGAGGAGCCAGUACCCCAACCAGCCGAGUCGCUUCGGCAAACUGCUCCUGAGGCUGCCUUCCCUGCGCACAGUCUCGUCCUCAGUCAUCGAGCAGCUCUUCUUCGUCCGUUUGGUAGGUAAAACCCCCAUUGAAACCCUCAUCAGAGAUAUGUUACUGUCUGGGAGCAGCUUCAACUGGCCUUACAUGUCUAUCCAGUGUUCCUAGAGCACAGCCAACACCCCCAUAGAGACACUGAGGACCAACACAAACAGAAAUAUACGAACCGAGUAAAGUUGGGGUGCAGAGAGGGGGGGAAAGCAGACAAUAAACAAAAAAAAUAAAGACUCGUGUAGGAUCAGAUCUGUGACCAUGUUUGAAAGGAAAAGAAAGGACCUUGUGUCUGUGGAAAAUUUUGGAAAAAGGACCGAGGGGAUUUUAAUAAAACCAGAAGGAGAAUAAUGGAUCUUCCAGAAUUUAUUGUGGACUGAUGUGGAUAUAUUCUGUACAGAAACAAAGAAACAAACAAAAAAUAUUGACGCUGAACUGAAUCUUGUGUAGAAAACACACACACGCAAACACUUACCACGAACAUUGUUAUUCAUUUUGUAAAAUAUUAGUCUUUAUUUUCAUUUUUUGGUAAAAUUUAAAACAUCGUAUGCGCAUAAAGAAAAAAGAAACAAGAAUUAGGGGAAAAUAACAUUUUCCAAAUAAUUAUAAAAAACAAUUGUCCUGUGUCUAUGUAUCUAUAUCUGUUUUGUAUUUUUUUCUGGUUCCAAACCAGGUUUCCUGUGAUUCUAUACUAAUAAUUUUUGAUAUAACCCUUUGCUUCUUAUAAUGAGUGCGAUAUAUGUUGUCGAAGCUGUUCUUCAAGAAUUAAAAUUGAAGUGAGAAUUUAAACAAAAAUAAAAGAAUUUAGCAAAAAAAACAUUAGUCUUGUUGCUUGACCAUGCCAACAGAGUUUACAAACGUAUACUCCCUCGCUUUUAACUUCCAGUGGGAUUAAAUGGGAGAACUUUUAAAAACUUGUAGGGGGGCUACAAAGUUGUAUAAAACACACAGUGUUCCAAAACUGAUUUGAUUGUGUACAUUUAAGAUUUAAGAGACAGAUGCGAACACAAACAGUUCAAUAUCAUAGAUGAAUCAAUUUAUCUGCGAUUGUAUCACAAAGCUAAGUGCAUAUAGCCUGGUCAACGUAUUUUGAAAAACCUUUCUUGUCAGUUGAAGCUUCUGCUAAGUUUAGACAGUGCUAUUUCCUUUCAGAAUUCAUGGGCAAGGUUUGGAGUCACUGUAUUCUACCAUCACUGUGCAGUAAUGUGCAAUAUAAGGUAUACUGUAGUUAUUUUGCCUGUUAUUCGUUUGUUAAAAGCUUAGUGGGUUUUUUUCCCAAGAAUUCAAAGACCCAACACUGUGUGGUCUGACUGUGUGCUGCAUUUGCUAUCUUCUGCUGACAGGAUCGGUAUUAUUGUUUUUCUCUCCUCCAGUCACUAAAUGUAAAGGGUAUUCCCAUCCCAUUAAUACAGAAAGCUAACUGGAGGUUUGCUCGUUGGGUGGUGUGUAUGUGUGUGUGUGUGUGUGCGUGUAUCACACACACACAUCCUACAUGGAUUAUUGUGCUGUAACUCUAUAAAAUGAAAAUUUGAGAGGUUUGCAAAAGCCCCGUUUUUUUAGAUAAAAAAAAAAUCGUUUCCAUAAUGGAGCCCCUUCGAAGGUGAAGGCUUCACAAUGCUUCUAGCUGGUGGUGCUGAUCUCUGUAGCAGCUUUCAGUGCAUUAAUGUUUUAUGGGAUCUGAGACGGAGCUGUAAGAACACAUACUGCCAAGGGAGCUCUUUCUUAACGUAUUAAUAAAGCUGGAUCUUUUAACAAUAACAUCCCCCCACACACCUCCCGCGCCCUCCAAACAAACCCGGAUGAGGCAGGAUUUUCAAUUUGAGGAGUGAAAAAAAAAUGGUUUUCUUUUCGUUUACUGUCCAGUUUUUUUUUUUUUUUUUUUUUUUUUUUUGCAUUAACAAGAUCCUUCAAUCCAACUCGCUUGGGGUUUUUUAAUAUUCUAGGCGCAGCAGAUCCGAAGCGAGAGCAUUCUAUCAGUAAGCACUUAUAGCUGGAUAAUCAACAUUGCGGGCAGACAUUCUAUGGGGGUACAGUCAAUUUCAAUAUGGAGACUCAGGCUGUCUCCCUAGUAGCCGCUAUGUGUAUGAUUAUUGUAACCCUGGACACACAAGGGUGGAAAUUAGACAAAAAUACCCUCUCUUCCCAACUCACAUGAGCGCUAAUAGGCGACAGCUCUGUUCCUCAUCCUGGUUGACUUCCCCAGGCAGAGAGAGAGAGAGAGAGGGUACACCAGCCUCUCUGAAAGAGAAAAAAGGGAAAGGCAGACACUGAACACAGACACUCAGCACUUGGAAAUACUGAAAGUAAUCCUUUAUCAUUGGUGGGAUGGGUGCCGGGGGAUACAGUGGCUCGAAGCAAAGAGAGAUCUAGCUUUCCUCCAAUGAGAUGUAAAUAUAUUCAUUACAGUGUUAUCCCACUAAUGAAAACAGAUAAACUUUUUCGUAGGUCAGAAACGUAUUUUUCAAUUAAGUUUCAUGUUUAUGAAUAAUACUAGCCCACCGAUUGCCACGAAACUUACAGGUUAGGUGAGGUGUAAGAGAUGCAGCUAUUGCCAUGUAUGUGAUUAGAAAGAAGUGUUUAAUUCCCUUAUUAAACUUUUGCUGAUAUACGGUAUUGUGUUCUGAAGUGUUAACUAUAAAAUGUUUAUCAUCCUCGUGAACAUUUUCCUUAGCCACUUUCAAAGUUCCUGGGCAUUCAUCUAUUUGCUGAAACUAUUGUACCAUUUGUCACAGUCACACAGUAUAUGCUACAGUGUUGAUGUGGAGAAGGGCCAGGGUCCCUUCAUAAGUUUCUGAUGACUUGUUCUGACAUACCAUGUACUGUUUUAAAACCAGCUCGAGUUAAAUUUCUCCUCGGUGUUA